AUAUAAAACGGCAUACUAUUUUCGUAUUUGUUUACCUUUAUCGGCGCAAAUAUUUUGUUGAAGGUGAUCGAAUUUAGUACACAACUCAGUUUGUUUAAACAUAUUAUAUUUUUUUAAAGCUUAAAGUGUCAAGGAUAUGAGUGGACUACUUGGCAUUGCAGAAAUUUUCGAUUCCAUCGAUAAUGUUUAUUUACUGAGCACUGUCACAAUGCUAGCUGCUGUUGUGCUAGCAUUUUACUUUUCCAAUUUGGUCAAGGAUAUUGGGUUAUAUGGUACACGCGCGGAUCGUGAAGUGGAGGAGCAACCUAACACCAACCUGACAGCUGAAGGCGAUUUAUAUGAUUGCAGUGACGAGGAAGAAGUCGACACGGAUAACCCGUUAGGUGAUGGCCUAGUGGGUAAAAUGAAGUCGGCGCGCCUCAAGGAGUUGGAAGCGCAAUUGACGCACGAUCAAUUGGAGGAAGAACGCAAAAUCGAACGAGAACAGCUAGCGGCGAUUUUUGAACUAUUAAAGAAGCAGGAAGUCGAUUUAAAUACGAAGGAAAUCGAUGAGCGUGAAUUAGUUGCACAACUAAAUCUGUAUCGUUGAGGCAAAAAGAAAAUCUUUACUGUCGCUUUGACAGCACCUUGUACCUACUGUCAAGUAUGUGCAGCAAUAAAUAAAUAUAAGCACAGUGUCUAACUAGUCUAAUGUUCGUUAAAUAAUGUAGUGUUUAGUAUAAUUGUUUAGUAUUAGUAACUUUGAAAUAAAAGAAAAUAUCAUUUAAAUACUCUAUA